AUGUUAGUCAAUGAUCAAGGUACGGUUGAAUCUCAUGAUCAAAUACUGUAUGCACAAACAUCAUAUUGUUACUUUGUUAAUUUCAAUAUUUAUCUUCUCUAUCGUUCACGACCAAAGGAUACUACGAAGAAUUAUAGUAUUCAAAUACAUGUUCAUGAUAAACAAUCAUUGGAAUAUCGUGGUAGUUGGUUAUUUCCUUUAGCAUAUACAUUUCUUCCUGUUCAUCGUAUGGCACUCAGAAUUACUGUUUCACCUAAUCGACCUGUACGAUGUUCGUUUGCAUGUAAUUAUAAUGGUGAAUGUGUGAAAUAUAUGAAUGGUAAUAAUGACAAUUUAUCAUUUUACUGCCGAUGUUAUCCUGGAUGGUCAGAUACAUAUGGAAGUCGUGAAGCUGAAUGUUUCGUAGCUAAUUACGAUGAGAUGAACAAAUGCCUAGGAACAAGUAAUGGUGGUUGUCUUAAUGGAGCGCGAUGCUUUCAGGAUAAAUUGAUUUGUCCAACAACAGUUAAGUGCGUCUGUGCAGAAUGUUUUUAUGGACAAUAUUGUCAAUUUACAACACAAGGUUUCGGUCUUUCUCUCGACGCUAUUCUUGACUAUCAAAUUCAAUCAAAUGUUCCGUUUCUGCAUCAACCAUUAGUUGUUAAAAUAAGUGCAUUGUUGGUAACAAUCAUGAUAAUAGUUGGUCUGUCUGGAAACAUUCUCUCCAUAUUGACUUUUCAUUCAAAGAAAGUGCAUGCAGUCGGUUGUGGUUUGUAUUUAUUUACUAAUGCGAGUGUUUCUCUUCUUACUACUAUUUUUUUAAUGGUCAAAUUUUGGUUACUUGUUUUUUCGCAAAUGGCAAUCAUUGUUCAGCGACCACUUCUUAUAUUCAACUGUCAUUCAGUCGACUUUCUUCUACGUGUUUGCUCGAGUACAGGCGAUUGGCUCAGUGCAUGCGUAGCAGUCGAACGAGCUUUUAUGUCAUACAAAGGAGUUUUUUUCAAUAAAAACAGAAGUCGCCAAUUAGCUCCAUGGAUUAUUCUAAUUGUUUGCUCUAUCACAGUCUUAACACAUAUACACGAUCCAUUUUAUCAUGAUCUAUUAUAUGAUAAUGAAGAACAACGAACAUGGUGCAUAACAGUAUAUGAUAGUUUCUAUCGAAUUUUGAAUUCAGUUGUGCUUAUUUUUCAUGUUACUGUACCAUUUGCAAUGAAUUUAAUUUCCGCUUCGAUCAUUAUUAUCACUGCUGCUCGACAGAAAGCAUCUGUUUGUAAAGAAGAAACCUAUAAACAAUAUCUUUUCAAACAACUUCGUCGACAUCAACAUAUCAUAGUUUCUCCUUGUAUUUUGACUGCACUUGCUAUAUCACGCUUAAUUUUGUCAUUCUUACCCGCUUGUAUGAACUCUCCUCGUGAUCCUUGGCUUUUCUUCGUUGCAUAUAUUAUUUCAUUUAUGCCAUCAAUUUUUAUCUUCGUCAUAUUUAUAUUACCCUCGAAAAUUUACAAACAAGAACUCAGGCAAACUCUUCGCCAUAUUUAUCAACGAUUGCAUUCUCGAUAACAAUUUUAACUUGAUUCAACUUUAUUUUUGAGCGAAUACGAUUCAAAAGGAACUGUUAAAGAAAUAAAUUGCUCUUUGAUCUAUCGCAUAGAUCAUGGCCGUUGUGUGAAAGACUCAUCAUCAAUGUUGAAUGUUGUUAGUGGUCUUCUAAAAUUGCUGCGCUCUAGAUUGCAGCGAGUCCAGUGCUUUUGACCUAUUAAUCUUACAAACACUUCAUUGAAAGCUUUUUCAAUCAAAACUGCAACCUUAUCGAUACAAAUGUUCCAUUUACCGCAUGACUAAAGGCCGGGAUGUGAGUAAAUGAAAUAGUGAGAAAGAAAUACGAAUCCUAGUAUUCAUAGAGUUGCAUGGGUUCCAAGAGUUUCUAGAGUUCUCAGAGUUCAGCGCCAACGCAUCGUAGAAGGGUGUGGGUGUGUGGGUCUGCGUGUGGGUGUGUGGAUGGGCGUAUGGGUGUGGGUGUGGGUGGGGGUGGGUAUGGGUGUGGGUGUGAGUGUGAGUGUGAGUGUGAGUGUCAGUGUGAGUGUGGCUGUGGAUGUGCUUGUGCACUGUAAAAAAAAGAAAAGGGUAUUUUACGAAACCAAAAAAGGAUCGGGACGCGGGCACACCGUCCGAACCUUCCUUGGUUUCGCAAAAAAAAGGUUUCGUAUGAAACUUCUUCUUGAUGAAUGGGAAAAAUGGUUCCGUACACAAGGUUCAGUACGAAACCUUUACCGGAAAAGUCUAAAAGGUUUCGCACAAAAGGUUCAGUACCAAACCUUUAAAGGAAAAAGCCAAAAAGGUUUCGUAGAAAAGGUUCAGUACAAAACCUUUCCAAAAUGAUGUUCAAAAGGUUUCGUACAAAUGGUUUCGUACGAAUCUUCCAAGGUAUUUACAUCUAAUGAGGUUGCGCGUGGAAAUGAUAAUUCGGUUUUGAGUUGAGCCUUUCUGCAUAAGGUAGUUAUCGGUGAGAUGAGAAAAAUCCCCGGAGGAUGCCCUGCAUUAGCUCUUCUCUAGAGGAUUAUCCCUAUGUUACUAGAAUUUUAGUUGAAUGCUAACGAAGAAUCCUAUUUAGAUAUGAACUUGAUUUUGAGUUCGAGCCAUUAGUGUCAGACAGAUGUGAGG